AUGAAGCCUCACAGUGUGAUACGAGUAGUAUCAAGACCGACAGCUCUCAUGAAGCCUUGUCACCGACCCAAAUUUCGCCAAACAGCAGCCCUGAACUCUCGAAGAUUUAGCGCCACCCCCCAGCGUCCAUUCCUCGAUGAAUGCUUAGUGCAGACUCAUACACUUCUCAACGGGAUUCAUGACACGACCGGACUUCCCUGGGCAGCAACAAUACCACUGGUUGCCGUCCUUGUCAGAAUGGUCAUCCUGCAACCCUUAUACACAUACUCCAACCGGAUCUACUGGAAACGGUGCGCACUGUACCCUCACUUAGCCGAGGCCACAAUCGCCACGGAGAAGGCGAUCAGGCAUAAGCACGGAGAUAAAAGCGCGCUUGAACGGAAACGGAUCCACGACGGAGCCAUGGAUCUCGUAUGGAGACAAUGGCUCAAGCGAAACCGAGCACAAUCUUGGAGAUCCUAUCUCGCGCUCGUCAAAGUCCCUAUAUGGUUCACGAUGAUGGAGACGAUCCGACGGAUGACGGGGACGGAGGAGGGAAUGCUGAGCUUGGCCGCCAAGUCUCUGAUAGCGCUCAAAGGGCAGCAGAACCCCGGCGCAGGCACAGUGGACGAAUCGGUACCCAUGGAACCAUCCCUAGCCACCGAGGGGAUGUUAUGGUUCCCCGACCUCACCAUGCCCGAUCCUUUGCUCAUCUUGCCCCUCGCCCUAUCCGCCAUCGUGUUCGCAACGAUCUCGUCUCGCAACGACACCUUCGGUCUCCUCGCAAUGCCGGGCUCGUCGCCCGAAACCGCCAGGAAGGCCCGCGCUUGGAAUCUACGGAAACACACAACCUUGAAGAUCGGAGCCCUCGCGCUCGCGCCCGCCACGCUCCUGUUCCCCAGCGCCAUGCUCCUCUACUGGAUCUCCGGCGGCCUGGCCGCCAUCGUCGCGGCUUCUCUCCCCCGGAUCCGAUCCUUCCGCGCGACACGGUCGCCCGGCAAGAAGGGCGAGCGUGGCGCGGACGACGCGCCCGCAGAGGCCGAGCCGAAGGUGCGGGGCUAUCGCUGUCCGACGAUGAAGGAGCUGAGGAGUCCGACGACGAGGAAGAAGGAAAAGUGA